AUGUAUAGAUAUGGACCUUGUCCAAGAUGUGGCAAUACAUUCGCAACAAACCAAAAAUUCAAGUAUCAUUUAACUGAAAGAAAGCACCCUUGUGCAUCUCGAAAUAUAUUACAAGCAACUGUGCCAGUUUCUAGCUCUGAACCCUUGUUUAAUUUUGAUUCGCAAUUUCAAGUGGUAAAAGAUCCCAAUGCUAGAAAAUCGGGCGAGUCUGUUAAACAAUGGAAAUCGAGAUUACGAAAAAAAGUCAAAAAAUUAGAUCCAAAUGCAUAUUUCCGACCUGCAACAGAAGAAGAAAAGCAUGAAGAGCAAGGAUUUUUCAAUGAAUCUGAAAUCAAGGAAACAAAUCUUCAGCCUGGUCCAGACCCUUGUACCCAAGCUCAUCAUAAAGGUAGACUUACUAAAUUAGAAGAAAUAGUAACUCAACAAACCACACCAUUAGAUAAUAUAGAAUUGCAACCU